AUGGCCAAACCAAAGAAACAAAAGAGCGAGGAAGAGCUAGAAAGACGAAGAGUAGCCAGAAGGGAGAAAUAUAACAGAAUUAAGAAUAAUCCUGAGCUAUACGCCACUGAACAGGAAAAAAAGCGACAGAACUACUUGAAUAGAAAGGAAAGUAAACAAAUUAAAAUCAUUAACGAAAUGAGUCCACGGGAUCAACGCAUUCAAAGAAGAAAAUGGAAAGAGAGCGCUAAAAAGUAUUACAAGAAGAAAGUAAGCCAAAAAAUCAUUGAAACUGUUACGGUUAGAGAAGUAGAUAGUGAAGAUGUGCAAGGCAACAUUAGUGCAGAUCCGUUAAAAGAAGCAGUAAAAGAAAAGGAGUCGAAUCCAAGUAAUACAGAGCUAAAACUGAUAAAAAAGAUAAAAACAUUAAAAAUGCAACAUAGAAAACAAAAACAAAGUUGUAUGUUAUUAGUCAACAGAUACAAAGCCAGAAUUAGAGUUUUACAGAGACAAAUAUUUAAACUAUCUAGAAAAACAAGCAAUGAUAUUGAAACUACUGAGAAUAAGGAAAAAGACAAAAAGCAAUUAUUUGACGAACUUUUAAAUGAACAAAUAACACAAAAAUUUGCAACAACUACAAGUAGAAAAGAAAAACGUGCAAUUACAAAUUUAAUUGAUGGGAAGAAAUUCAAACAUUUUAAAGUUUCCACAGAUCUUCGUAAAGUGUGCCUUAGACAAAGACUCAAGAAAAAAAAAAUGAGAGUUUGA